AAUGUGCCCGUGGAGGCUGGUGGCCGCCCUCAGGUUUCUCUCUGGUUUUAUUUAUUGCUUGUCAAUGCAGAGAGUGCUGGCAACGCAUAAGACGCUUGGCGCAUCACUUCAGCUUUUAAUCAACUGUGAUUGACAGCAAUCCUCAAGUUAAUAAAUUAAUAUAACUGGAGUUCACAUAAAAAAGAAAACGAGAUGGAAACGAUAUUGGAGCAACAACGACGGUAUCACGAAGAGAGGGAACGACUCAUGGAUGCGAUGGUGAAAGAGAUGUUGCAUAAAAAGGCAGGCCAUCGCGAAAACAUUAAUUCGGAACAUCGGCUGAAAAUGUUAUUGGAUCAAUAUAUGGGUAGCACAAUGCAUCUGCAGGACCUGUACGAGGAUAAAGAUGGACAAAGAAAAGAAGAAGUCCAAGCGCUUUCCGGCCCAAAUGAAUUCUCGGAAUUUUAUUCGCGCUUGAAAUCCAUCAAGGAGUUCUAUCGGCGACAUCCUAAUGAAAUCAGUGUACCAAUGUCCAUCGAAUUCGAGGAGUUGGCUAAGAUGAGAGAGAAUCCAACCGAGGAACUAUCCAACCUCGUCGAAUUCACAGACGAGGAGGGCUAUGGAAAAUACCUUGAUCUCCACGAGUGUUACCAGAGAUAUAUUAACCUGAAAGGGAUAGAAAAGAUAGAUUACAUAACCUAUUUAUCCACUUUUGAUCAUCUGUUUGACAUACCUAGGGAGAGGAAGAAUGCAGACUAUCAGAAGUACGUUGAAUCCCUGCUGGGAUACCUGACGGAUUAUCUGAGCAGAGUAAGACCUCUACUAGAUUUUAGUACAGAGAUUGAAGAAGCCAACAAGGAUUUUCAAACACACUGGGAGAAGAACACGUUCCCCGGAUGGCCUAAGGGAACUGGAAGCGCUCUGACUCACGUGGGAGCGCACUUGGAGCUGUCCGCGUUUUCAUCGUGGGAAGAAUUAGCGUCUCUUGGACUGGACAGAUUGAAAUCAGCCCUGAUGGCGUUAGGUCUCAAAUGCGGUGGCACGCUCGAGGAACGGGCGCAGAGACUUUUCAGCACGAAAGGCGAGGCCUCUCUAGACCCCAAUCUGCUGGCGAAAAACCGAAAGGGAAAAUCUGCCAAGGGCAGAGAUUCCGAGAAACAGAAGGAGAUUGCGCGACUCGAGGCUCACGUGUACAGGCUCGCCGAGCUUGUGUCCAGUCAGCGAGUGGCUACGAAGGAGAAUGUGCAGAGAAAGCAAGCAAGAACGGAGGGUGAAAGGGGAGAUUCUGACGCAGAAGCAAGUGCAAGCGAGUCUGAAGAGGAAGACGACAACGAGGUUCCAUACAAUCCCAAAAAUUUACCUCUCGGCUGGGAUGGAAAGCCCAUACCUUACUGGUUGUACAAAUUGCACGGCUUAAACAUCAGUUACAAUUGCGAGAUUUGUGGUAACUUCACGUAUAAAGGCCCGAAGGCAUUCCAAAGACAUUUUGCAGAAUGGAGACACGCACACGGCAUGCGCUGUCUCGGCAUUCCGAACACUGCACACUUUGCCAAUGUCACUCAAAUCGAAGACGCUCUUGCGUUGUGGGAAAAACUCAAGGCGCAGAAGCAAGCUGAACGCUGGCAACCGGAACAGGAGGAAGAGUUCGAAGAUUCGCUUGGCAAUGUGGUCAAUCGCAAAACGUACGAAGAUCUUAAGAGGCAGGGUUUACUGUGAAUUCCAUGUAUUAUUGUAACCGGAUUUUAUUACAAUAUUUGCUGUCAUUUAUACCACUAUCUUUUGUAAUCCUUCCUUUCCAUUAUAAUGUAAUGAAACAUUAUUGUAAAAUAAAACAUCACGUUCAACGUAAAA